AUGGGCGGGGCUUACGCGAUGAACGGCAGGACACAAUCAGAAUGAACUAGAAGACUGAACGUACCGACGGACUCUGGUGGGAGAUUCUGCUUUAAAUGCAGCGGAAAAAAAUGGUCCUGUAAAGACUUCACGAAUAGGAAGAAGUGUUUUUGUCAAGAGAGACCGGAAGCUGUAACUGUCGCACUAUUUUUAAGACGUUAUGUGGUGGUCUUGGCCUCUCGUAUCUGUUGUGGUACUAUGCUCUCUCUUGUCAGUGGGUACUGUGCGGACCGCACCCUGCCAGACUUGUCAAAAACUUACGACCAGCUUCAUCAAGGGCUUGAAGCGAACAGCCAAUAAGAAUUUUGGGGGAGGAAAUACUGCUUGGGAAGAAGAGAAAUUAGCAAAAUAUGCACGCAGUGAAACUCGUCUGUUAGAGAUCAUAGAGACUGCAUGUGACAAGUCAGACUUCGAAUGCAACAGACUGCUGGAGCAGAUCGAGGAUCAGGUGGAGACCUGGUGGUUUCACAGGCAACAGGAAGCACCAGACCUGUUUGAAUGGCUGUGCAUUGAAGAGCUCAGACUGUGCUGCCCACCGGGACGCUAUGGACCUGAAUGUGCAGAGUGUCCGUCAGGUCCUGGAGGUGUGUGUGGUGGUCUUGGCCGCUGUGAAGGUGAGGGCACACGUCUGGGCGAUGGAGAAUGUGUCUGUGAUCCUGGAUACUCAGGCCCCCUGUGUCGGAACUGUGCUGAUGGAUACUACAGAGAAAAGAGCUCUAAUCAGACACAACCACCCUGCUCGGCUUGUUAUCACUCCUGCAAAAAGUGCACUGGUCCGCAAGAUAACCAAUGUCAAGACUGUAAACCUGGAUGGAUCCUUCACAACAACAAGUGUGUUGAUGUGGAUGAAUGUGGGACUGAAUUGGCUCGCUGUCCAUCUAACACCUACUGCUUUAACACUGAUGGUUCUUAUGAAUGCAGAGGUUGUGAUCAAGCAUGCGUGGGCUGUAUGGGGAGUGGACCUGCUCGCUGUAAGAAAUGCUCUCGAGGGUUCAGGCUCAUUGGCGCUAAGUGUCUUGACAUUGACGAGUGCUCUGAGAAAGCAAUAGCUUGUCCUGGACUCAAUGAAGCUUGUAUUAAUGAGGAGGGCUCGUUCCGCUGCGAGUGUGCCGAGGGAUUUAUUCGACGAGACAGCAUUUGUGUGGAGAAUCUACCACCUACGGAUCCAGAAAAGGGUCUGUUUGAUGACAUCACUGACGACGAGGUCCUCGUCUUGCAGCAGAUGUUUUUUGGUGUUGUGAUCUGUGCCCUUGCUACUCUAGCAGCUAAAGGGGACAUGGUCUUUACAGCCAUCUUUAUAGGAGGCGUGGCAGCGAUGGCAGGAUACUGGCUUUCCGAGAAAGGUGAUCGUGUGCUGGACGGCAUUCUUAAAGGACGCUAAUGAAUUAGACACUCAUAACCUGUAAUGUGGGUGACGCCACCAAAGUGCAAAGUUAUUGGGCAAUUCAGACUGGAAGGAAGGCAGUGAACUCUGCUUGUCAGCUGCGGCUAUAGCAAUGCAUGUCAAUCAGGGAUGCUUAGGACUGGGAUGAGUGGCAAUAACAAAGCUACUGUUUAAAGCUCUGAAUUAGUGGAUUAUGAAGUUUGUACAAGCUUAUCUAUAACACUGUGUUUCAACAGUUUCAUUGCUGCUGUAUUUAUUGAAGGCUUUUGGUUAUACUGCAUUGAGAGGCAACAGAUUCAGAUAGAACUUCUGUAUAUACUGGCAUGGACCUUAGAAAGUAACAUUAGGUAAUGUCAUUUAUUUAUUACUUUUACAUAUACUGUAUUUAUUUCUAUAUGGUGCCCUAAUAUAUACAACUUUUCCAAAAACAUUUCAAUAUAGUUUACAGGCAGAGACAUGAGCUUGUUGCUGUGCUUACGUGGUGUUUGAGAUUAAACUUGAAACGCUCCAGUAGGAUGGCAGGUAGUUACCUUGAGAUGUACAGACCUCUUCUUGUACACACAAACAUUCUCUGGAUGAGUUAUGUAUGAAUUAUUUCCCUGUCAAAGAUGAUGUCCAGUGUGUUUUAGAUUAAAACAGUGGGUGUAUGUAAUUUUGUUUAAAAGCCAUGGCAAAUUAUUUGUGUAAUUUUAAUGGGGUGCCAACACAUUUUCACCAAUGAAUUUUCAUAACACAGUAACAGACCAGUUUGUUAUUCAUAUAAACUCCACUACACAACCACUAUAGUUUGCUAGUUGUACUCUACAUGAGCAAUAUUUACCUGAAAUUUUGUAAGCAGAACAUAAAGAAAAUUUGGAUUUAGUUUGUAUAAUAAACCUCUUAUUUCUGUGACUUGUUCUUUUAAGGCUUGGGAAACAAUUUUGCAACUCCCUAAUAUUUCCAGGUUAUUCCAUGACACUGGAAAUGCGGUUUAUAAAUAUGCAAUUGGAAAAAUAAGAUUGUGUGAUCGUUAAUUGCUUUUACAUGUUGUUUAGCUGAAUGUAGUGUUAAUUUUAGCAAAUAAGUGUGGCCUUCUGAUCAUUUGUUUUAAAAUUUAAGUUCACAACAGCGAGAGUUACAUUUUGCUAUUUGAAAACACUGUAAAAGGCAUGUAUGCAUUAUAAUUUGUAUGCAUUCAUUGCUUUUAUUUAUUGUUUUUUCUGUUAAUGAGUGUGAAUCUGACUUCUAGCAUCAAGAGACAUCUCAAUCAAGGGGCAUGAUUUUACAAUUCUUGCUAGCCUUAAUGUGAACUGUUUAAGGUUUUUUAUCAUCUCUUGUUGGGUGAGAUUACAACAUUUUUAUUAAAUUAAUCUUAAAUGACAUCAUAAA